AUGCGCCAUUCAAAAAGUUACUUUGUUUGCAUUGCAUUCAGGAACAAUAAACAAUUGCAUGGUGGUAAAAAAAAAAAUCUCUAUUUUAACAGUACUGCAUAUAUUUACAUUUUCCAGGGUUUCUUCCUUACUGUCUCUCCUGAGGCCAUCCUUAAGGUUGCCACACAGUCCACUGAAAACAACAAGAUCUUCUGCAUGAACCUUUCGGCACCCUUCAUCAGUCAGUUCUUUAAGGAGCCCCUUAUGAAAGUCAUGCCUUAUGUGGACAUUCUUUUUGGGAAUGAAACGGAAGCUGCUACAUUUGCCAGGGAACAAGGAUUUGAGACUGAAGAUAUAAAGGAAAUCGCCAGAAAGGCUCAGGCUCUUCCAAAGGUGAACUCGAAAAGGCCAAGGGUUAUUGUAUUUACACAAGGAAAUGAGGAUACCAUAAUGGCAACAGUGGAUGAAGUUGUGGCAUUCCCCGUGUUAGAGAUUGACCAGAGUAAAAUAGUAGACACCAAUGGAGCUGGGGAUGCAUUUGUUGGAGGUUUUCUUUCGCAGUUGGUGUCUGACAAGGCUUUAGUAGAAUGUGUGCAUGCUGGUCACUAUUCUGCUAACGUGGUUAUCAGACGAGCUGGCUGCACUUUUCCAGAGAAACCGGACUUCAAAUUAUGA